CUAUAUAGAGAGCUCACUGAGCUGAUCGGAGAGACACCACUCUGCCAGCCCUUUCCUACAAAUCGCAAUCACUUCCUACACCCCCCUCCUCUUUAGCAUAUUUGAUCACUUUGAUUCCCAGCUCCUGCCUUUUAUUUGAGGGGUUUUUAUUCUGCAUGAAGGAUAUGUCCAGCAGUCUGUGAUCUGCUUUCCCUGUUUUGUUGUUUUGUUUUUUUAAUUGUUAUUAUAUUUUUUUGUUAUUAUUAUUAUUUGCUGCUGCUUCUUGCUGCUGGAGAGAGAGAGAGGAGCCUUUAUUUUUAUUUUUCCAUGCACAGAGGAAGAAGGGAUCUGAACAAGUUCUGCUGGAGCCUACCCUCCCCUCCUGACUGCCAGCGCUGGGAAAAGAAGAGCAGGUCUCCCCCCUGAUAAUCCUUAACCCUUCCCCUGACUCUGCCUGUCCAUGGCUUUCCUGAAUGGCUGACUGUGAUCUUCCCAGGACCUGGCCCCCAGCACUAGACCUGCACCCCAGCUUCACAGAGACAACCCCAAGUCAUCUCAUACACCAGACCAGCUCUCCAAGCUUUUUCCUGAUCUGAUUGUAUUUGCCUUAUUUUUUCCUCUCUUUUUUUUUCUUUUUUUCCCCAACUAAAAAUUCCUUGAGAACUACCUACCUACCUCUCCCCCCUCCCCCACCUACUCCUUCCCUUUUUUUUUUUUUUUUUUCUUCUUCUUCUUUUAUCUUUAUUAAAACUGCCUGGUCUGGUCCCAUAUACCACCAUAAGAAGAGAAAGGGGGACGAAGCAGCUUGAAAACGGUUUCCAAUAGAUAUGGCAAUGGUAGUGGGUGCGUGGCGAGACCCCCAGGACGAUGUGCCAGGAACUCAACCUUCCCAAGCACCACCAGGGCAAGGACCCACAGGGGCACCACACACCCCACAGACUCCAGGGCAAGGGUUGCCCUCCUCUGCCCCAGCUCAAUCCAACCCAUCAAGCCAAUCCAGCCAGAGCCAGGGAGACAAACAGCAACAGCAGCAGCACAUUGAGUGUGUGGUGUGUGGGGACAAGUCUAGUGGAAAACACUAUGGACAAUUCACUUGUGAAGGCUGCAAAAGCUUCUUUAAGAGAAGUGUCAGGAGAAAUCUGAGUUACACUUGUCGUGCCAACAGGAACUGCCCUAUAGACCAGCACCACCGCAAUCAGUGCCAGUACUGUCGCCUCAAAAAAUGCCUCAAAGUUGGCAUGAGACGGGAAGUUUCUUCUCUUUUUACUGCAGCCGUACAGAGGGGUAGAAUGCCACCCACACAGCCUACACAUGGUCAGUUUGCCUUGACAAAUGGAGAUCCCCUUAACUGUCAUUCCUACCUAUCCGGAUAUAUAUCCCUUCUUCUGAGAGCAGAACCUUACCCAACCUCUAGAUUCGGCAGUCAAUGUAUGCAGCCCAACAAUAUCAUGGGUAUUGAGAACAUUUGUGAACUGGCAGCAAGAAUGCUCUUCAGUGCUGUGGAAUGGGCAAGGAAUAUACCUUUCUUCCCAGAUCUCCAAAUCACAGACCAGGUGGCACUGCUCAGGCUGACCUGGAGUGAAUUGUUUGUCCUCAACGCUGCCCAGUGUUCCAUGCCCCUUCAUGUGGCCCCUCUCUUGGCAGCGGCUGGGCUCCACGCAUCCCCCAUGUCUGCAGACAGAGUGGUAGCCUUCAUGGACCACAUACGAAUCUUUCAAGAGCAAGUAGAGAAACUGAAGGCGUUACACGUUGACUCAGCAGAAUACAGCUGUUUAAAAGCUAUAGUACUCUUCACAUCAGAUGCCUGUGGUCUUUCUGAUGUUGCCCAUGUUGAAAGUCUGCAGGAAAAGUCACAAUGUGCUUUGGAAGAAUAUGUUAGAAGCCAGUACCCUAAUCAACCAACAAGAUUUGGAAAAUUGUUACUCCGUCUGCCCUCUCUCCGCACAGUGUCCUCCUCUGUAAUAGAGCAAUUGUUUUUCGUCCGUUUGGUAGGUAAAACCCCAAUAGAAACCCUAAUUAGGGAUAUGUUGCUAUCCGGGAGCAGUUUCAAUUGGCCCUACAUGUCUAUACAAUAAAAUAUAUUUAAAAAAAAAAAAAUAUUGAAAGGGAAAGCAAGAAUUGCAAAAAUUAAAUAAUAAAAAAAUAAACAACUAAAAAUAAAUAAAUAAAGACUUUGGGGUCUGGUUGCUAUAAUUCCUUCUGCUGAGGAGGGUUUAACUUGCUGUUACAAGUUUACUUAAAGAAGAGAGGGGAGAUCUAUUGGACUGUGAAUUUAAAAGACUAUCAUCGAACUCUUUCAGAAUGCAUUUAAACGUGUCGUUAAGAACAACUUGCUACUUAUCAUUUUUUUUUUUGUAAAAAAAAAAAAUUCCGAAAAAACAGGAAAUUAGUCUUUUUUUGUAACCUUUUAAAAUAUCGCUAAAAGUGCAUUUAAGGAGAUGUGGAGAAAAUUAGCAGAAAGAAGAAAGUAAGUUUCUUUUUUUUCCCAAAAUUAUUAAUUGUCCUGUGUCUAUGUAUCUAUAGCUCUUUCAUUUUUUAUUUUAUUUUUUAUUUUAUUUUAUUUUAUUUUUUUUUUUUUGUAUUUUUCUGGUUCCAAACCAGUUUAUUUGUGGUUCUAUAAUAUUUUUUAUAUAUUCUUGGCUUAAAAAAAAAAACUGUGUAUCCUUUAAAAAAUAUAUAUGUUCUGCAAGAAUUAAAACAGUUUCCACCACGUAUCAUAGGAAAAAAUGGAACUUAAAAUAUAUAUAUUUAACUUGGAAACGCACUUAUAAGUGAUGACCCUAAAUUAAUUAUUGAACUUGAGACCUCUAAUUAUUUACCCAUUUGAACCACAUAAGUUUCUUCAAUACACAAAACAGAUUUUUAUUUCUUGUAAUAUUCACAAAUUAAAUAAACUGUGGGUUGAAGUGAAAAGGGUGUCAGUGUCAUAGACACUGCUGUUUAGAUAAAUUCAUUUUUUGGCCAUUUUUUUUUCCAUGCAGUAUUCUCAAAAUGUUCUGAAGCUCCUCUACCUGUUUGUAUAUUUGAAAUCCCUUUGUAUGAUAAUUGUUGAUAUUUCCCUUUUUUAAAGAAAAAAAAAUACAAUUCAAAUCAGCAUGACACAGUUGGCACUUAUAGAUAAUGUGAUUGAUUCCGUAUCUAGAGUUUACAGUUUUGUGUUAAAACUGAAGGUUUUUGGUUAUUUUUUAAGUGCAACUUUUUUUUUUCUGUAUACUGUAAAAGUUACAAUAACUGAACUGUUUGGUCAAGUCUUUGUGUGUAAUAUUCCAAGAAAAUUGAAAGUAUUCAGAAAUUAAAAUAUUAUUUGAUAUCUGAAA